AUGGCUAGGAAUAGUAUUAAAAAAUCUCCUGUGGUGAAGAAAAAGGAUACUCCAAUAGUUAGAAAAAGAAAGCCAAUCCAACAAGAAGCAGAAGAAGAUUCCAAUGAUGAAGAAUCUGAAGAUGAGUUAAAUGUUGAAGGAUUGAUAGAUGCAAGUGAUGAUGAAGAUGAAGAAGAAGAACAAGAACAAGAAGAACAACCCCAAGAAGAGGAAAAUAACAGUGAUGAUGAUGAUGAUGACGAUGAUGAUGACGAUGACAACAACUCAGAAGCAGAUUCUGAAGAAGAAUUAAAUCAAUUAUUAGGUGAAGAAGAAGAAGAAGAUCCUAGUGAUUAUAAUUCUGAUGAAUUUUCUGAUGAACCAAAAGAUGAUGAUUUAUCAAGGAUCAACAUCAAAUCAUUAUCAGUUUCUGAUCCUUCAAUUCAAAAAAAUUCAAUUUCAAAAUUUUCUGAUGGUUCAAUAAGAAUUUUAAAACCAGAAAUUGAACCUAAAUAUGAUAGUGAUGAUAGUGAUGCUGAAAAUUUCAACACUAUUGGUAAUAUUCCUAUUUCUGCUUAUGAUGAAAUGCCACAUAUUGGAUAUGAUAUUAAUGGUAAAAGAAUCAUGAGACCAGCUAAAGGGUCCGCUUUAGAUCAAUUAUUAGAAUCUAUUGAUUUACCUGAAGGUUGGACCGGUUUAUUGGAUCAAAAUACUGGUACUUCAUUGAAAUUAACUGAUGAAGAAUUAGAAUUAAUUAGAAAGAUUCAACAACAAGAAAAUACUGAUGAAAAUAUUAAUCCAUAUGAACCUUUAAUUGAUUGGUUUACUAAAGAUGAAGAAAUCAUGCCGGUAACUGCUGUCCCGGAACCGAAACGAAGAUUUGUUCCUUCUAAACAUGAAGCUAAACGAGUUAUGAAAAUAGUUAAAGCCAUUAGAGAAGGUAGAAUUAUCCCACCAAAUAAAGUUAAACAACAAUUAACUGAAGAAGAAGAAGAAGAUCAAUUUAAUUUUGAUCUUUGGCAAGAUGAAAUUGAAAUAUCUGAUCAUAUUAUGAAUUUAAGAGCUCCUAAAUUACCACCACCAACUAAUGAAGAAAGUUAUAAUCCACCAGAAGAAUAUCUUUUAACUGAAGAAGAAAAAUCUAAAUGGUUACAAGAAUCUCCUAUUGAUAGAGAAAGAAAUUUCUUACCACAAAAAUAUAAUUCAUUAAGACAAGUUCCUGGUUAUCAAGAUUCCGUUAGAGAAAGAUUUGAAAGAUCUUUAGAUUUAUAUUUAGCUCCAAGAGUACGUCAUAAUAAAUUGAAUAUUGAUCCUGAUAGUUUGAUUCCUGAUUUACCUUCACCAAAAGAUUUAAGACCUUUCCCUAUUCGUUGUUCUACUAUAUAUGAAGGUCAUACUGGUAAAAUUAGAACUAUUUCUAUUGAUCCUCAAGGUCUUUGGUUAGCUACUGGUUCAGAUGAUGGUAGUGUUAGAAUAUGGGAAAUUUUAACUGGUAGACAAGUUUACAAAAUUCAAUUAAUUAAUAAAGAAAUCAAUAAUGAAGAUCAUAUUGAAUGUUUAGAAUGGAAUCCCGAUUCUAGUUGUGGAAUUUUAGCAGUUUGUGUUGGUGAAAAUAUUUAUUUAAUUGUCCCACCAAUUUUUGGAUUUGAUAUUGAAAAUUCUGGUAAAUUAAGAAUUGAAAGUGGUUGGGGUUAUGAUACUUUUGGUAAUAAAAAGAAAGAUCUUAAAAUUUCCUCCCAAAAAGAGGAAGACAAUAAAGAAUCAGACAACGAAGACGAAGACGAAGAAGAAGAUAAUGAUGAUGAUGAUGAUGAUGAUGAACCAGAAACUAGCUCAACUGUUGAACCAAAGAAAGAAGUUGCUAAAUGGUAUCCACCAAAUACUGAACAAGCUUCUAUGGGUAUAUCAGCAAUUAUUCAAUGUCGUAAAACAAUUAAAAAAUUAUCAUGGCAUAGAAAAGGUGAUUAUUUCGUCACGGUUUCUCCCGAUAGUAAAAACACUGCGGUAUUAAUUCAUCAAAUUUCUAAACAUUUAUCCCAAUCACCAUUUAAAAAAUCUAAAGGGAUUAUAAUGGAUGCUAAAUUUCAUCCAUUUAAACCACAAUUAUUUGUUGCUUCACAACGUCAAAUUAAAAUUUAUGAUUUAGCUCAACAAGUAUUAUUAAAAAAAUUAAUGCCCGGGGUUCGAUUAUUAUCAACUAUUGAUAUUCAUCCUCGUGGUGAUAAUUUAAUUGCUGGUUCUUAUGAUAAACGUGUAUUAUGGCAUGAUUUAGAUUUAAGUGCUACCCCAUACAAGACAUUAAGAUAUCAUGAAAAAGCCGUUAGAUCAAUAAAAUUUCAUAAAGGAAAUUUACCAUUAUUUGCAAGUGCUUCUGAUGAUGGUAAUAUUCAUAUUUUCCAUGGGACAGUAUAUGAUGAUUUAAUGACAAAUCCUUUAUUGGUACCAUUGAAAAAAUUAAAUGGUCAUAAAAUUAUUAAUCAAAUUGGUAUAUUGGAUUUAAUUUGGCAUCCUAAAGAACCUUGGUUAUUUAGUGCUGGUGCUGAUGGAACUGCUCGUCUUUGGACUACAUAG